GAAUGAGGAGGGGGCCACAGGCUAUUUGGUGGCGGUGCCUGAGACGAUGGAGGAGCUGUUGGCCAAGGCGACGAGCAAGCUGGGCUUGACUCAUCCGACAACGUUGUACAUGGAUACGGGGGCGAUCGUGGACGAGACGGAGCUCAUCGACAACAAUGAUGUGCUGUAUGUGGCCGAGAACAACGAGCCGUUUUUCAAGCACGCCAAGUCGGGCUCGUCCACCCCACGCGACGUGGCGAUGCCGGGUGAGGGCGCCGAGACGCCACGGGUUGUGACGCCGCGGGUUGUAACGCCGCAGGCGGUCUCGCCGCCGUCUGCAUCCAUCCAUCAGAGCGAGGUCAGGCGUGGGAAGGAGGUGGAGGAAGACGAUGAUCCAGACACGAAGGAGACAGUGGCUGCGGUGGAGGCGACUGCGGCUCUUCAGCCCGCCGCCGAGCUGGAGCUCCUGCGGAGUCGCGAGGAGAAGCGCGUGGAGCGGACGGCUGCGGCAGAAAAGGCGCAGGCGGUGGCGGAGCUGCUGAAUGCGUCUCGGCGGGCGACGCAGGCGGCGGACGAGUUUGGCGAGCAGGCUGCAGCGGUGGCGGCACAGCGGGCGGAGCAGGCGGCGAUGCUGGCGCGGCAUGCAGACGACCGUGACGUGAUCCGCAAGCUCGCAGAAGCGCAGAAGAUUCGGUCGUCGGAGCUCGACGACGGCGGCAACGGUGGCAACGGCGGGAGGAACGGGCGCGAUGGGUUGAGCCUGGACACGGGGAACGGCGAUGGUGGCGGCGGGGCAAGCAGUGGGGCGAGCGAGAUGGACCCGGACCUGAUUGUGACGAUCAUCGGCGGCAAGUACCCGAGGCACGUGGUGGAGUGUGUGAUGCGUCACACGGCAGGCUCUGCAGACACGCUCAUCUCGCUCCUACUCAACGGGAUCGACGUUGCCGAGUGGCUGGCCAAGGACGAGGCGCUGAUGGCGGCGGCCAAAUCGCCGCCGACGGUGUUUGACUGCGAGCUCUGUUUCUGCGAGUUUGAGGUCUCGCAGAUGUACACGGUCGACUGCGCAGCGUCGCACCGGUUCUGUUUUGAGUGCAUCGGGCGGAUGGUGGAGAUGAACAUCCGCGAGAACACCGAGGCGGUCUGCCCCGGCGGCGAGUGCAACCAUGUCAUGUCCGAGAUUGAGGUGAUGCAGACGGUGGGCGAGGGCGAGCUGCUGACCAAGUUCCGCACCCAACAGCUGACGCGGGCCAUCACCUCGAUCCCGGGCGCGAUUCCGUGCCCAACGGCCGACUGCACUGGGUACGAGAUUGCGUCGAUGCCCGGCGAGAAGGAGCGUGUGACGUGCUCGGUCUGCCGGGCAGUCUUCUGCUCUCUGUGCAAGAACCAGUACCACUACAAGUACGAGUGUGGGCAGGUACAGCAGGCAGAGCGGGCGUGGCUCGAGUGGGUGACAAGCGGGCGGCGGGCGUAUCUGGACCAGCUCGCGGCGGCCGACGCCGAGUACGAGGAGCGAAUUUCCGAGUUCAAUGAGGCCCGCGAGGCGCACCAGCGCGAGGUCGAGGCUGCGCUGCAGCGGCUUCGCGAGAACGAGAACGACGAGGAGUGGAAGGCGGCCAACUGCCGGUGCUGCCCGUCGUGCGGCCGGGUCAUCAACCGGGUCGCCGGCUGCUCGUCGAUGGUGUGCGGGCGGAACUACCACGGCGGCGACAACCAGGACGGAUGCGGGGCAAGCUUCAACUGGGAGACGGCGCCGGCGUAUGUGCCGGCGACGUCGAGCCACAUCCGGGUCGACACCGAGUUUGGCACCGAGGCACCCGAGCACUCGAUCCGGACCGAGCACAUCUUGUUUGCCGGCACAGAUGGGACGGCGGUCCGGUUGCGGUGCGAUCUGUGCCAGCAGGACAUCUUUGGCCCCGAGUUUCGGUGCAUCGCCUGCCCGGCGUUUGCGGUCUGCCUCCGCUGCCAGCCGCUGGCCAUCGAUGAAGGCUCACCGCACCGCACCCAUGUGUUUGACAUCAUCAUGGACGAGCGGACCGAGUAGCCGCCGCCGCAGUCGCAG